GCCCAUGGUUGUAGCUUUUAUCAUUUUCGAAAUAUUUUCAUAUAAAUAACGUUAAGUGCAAAAAUUUCAACUUUCGGUCAACUUUGACUCUACCGAAAUGGUCGAAAAACGCAAUUGUAAGCUAAAACUCUUAUAUUCUAGUAAUAUUCAAUCAUUUACCUUCAUUUUGCAACGACUUGGAAGUCUCUAGCACAAUAUUUUGAUUUAUGGUGAAUUUAUGAAAAAAAAAAAAUUUCCUUACGUUCGCGCGGUAACUCUUCCGAAAAAAUCAGAAUUUUUUUGUGCGAUUGUCGAAAUGUUUGCACCAUUUAAAAUUAGCUGUUACAUAAAGUUUUAUAUAUGAAAAUGUGCGCAAUUUCAUGUAGAAUACAACUAAAAAUGAUUGAAGGUUGUAGCUUUUCUCUUUUUUCGAAAUAUUUGCAUAUAAAUCACGAUAAAUAGAAAAAAACCACGUUCUGUCAAAUUUGACUCUACCGAAAUAGUUGAAAAACGCAAUUGUAAGCUAAAAAUCUUACAGCCUAGUAAUAUUCCGUCAUUUUUCUUCAUUUUGAAACAAAUUUGAAGUCUCUAAAACAAUAUUGUGAUUUAUGGUGAAGUUUUGAAAAAUAUAUUUACCUUCACUCCGCGCGCCGAUUCACGGCCGCAAGUCUCCGAAAUACGUACAUCGCAUUAUCCUAAUAUUUGCUCCUUUUCAUAUUAGCCUUUUUAUAGUUUCAUAUAUCAAAAUGUGCGCAAAUUCAUGAAGAAUACAAUAAAAAAUAAUUGAAGGUUGUGGCUUUUUCCAUCUCCGAAAUAUGUGCAUAUAAAAAAUAUAUAUAUAAAAAUUUCGACAUUUGGUCAAAUUUAACUCGUCCGAAAUGGUCGAAAUCUGCAAUUCUAAUCUAAAACUCUUACAGUAUCGUAAUAUUAAAUCAUUUGUCUUAAUUUUGAAACAAAUUGGAAGUCUCUAGAACAAUAUUUAGAAUUACGGUGAAUUUUUGAAAAUAACAUUUUUUUACGUCCGCGCGUUACGAAUUCGUACAUCAUUUUGUGAUAAUAUUUUUCCAGUGUUGCUUUUAUUGUUUUACUAUGUAUUAUAUAUCAAAAGGAUUGCAAUUUAGUGUACAAUACAACGAAAAAAAAUUAACUCGUUAGCUUUGACCGUUUUUUGCACAGCGUGAUUUGAAUACAAUUAUCUAUGAAUUUUUUUUUUUUCACUACCAUAUAUCACAUUAUUUACAUAUGAUAAUGAUAUUAUUUUUCAUUUCUGAUGAUUGCAUUCUAGAUUUCAGGCAAUGAGAAAAAAAUGGGCCAAAAAUGAACUCUUAAUCUUCAAAACUAAGCGCGCUGUGAUUUUUUGAAAAAAUUAUUUUUUCCGCUUCGGCGCUCACUCCAAACCGGCGCCGGCAUACAGGAGAGGUUUUGAUUUUUAGGGCUUCGGCGUAAGAGGGUUAAGAAAGCCUAUUCCAUUCCUUUCAAGGAAAGAACCCCACCCUUUCCAAGGCACCCAUCGCCUUUGAGUGUGUUCGAUGUGUUAUCCUUAUCACUAAAGGUUGGGGAUGAAGGAAACACCAAAAUACUAAAAGUAGGUUCUUAAUGUCUAAUGAAGUACACAAAAUCACAGAGGUGCAAAACAAUGUGCAAGCAAGGAAAACAGAGCAGCGUACAUGACAUAUGAGAAUGAGAUACAUUAAAUACAUAGGGAGGUAUAUAAAUGAAUACGAAAGUUAAAGAUUGCAAUACAUAUUAUACAGAAAUGUUCAUUUAUCGUACUGAAUGUUUCUUUCAAUUACCUACAGCCUUGACAGCUUACUCUGCAGGGUCAUAGAGUUUUUUGGCUCUUGCUCAAGAAGUGGAAUCGAUGAUUUGGAAAGGGGCAGUAGAGAAGAUGGUGGAUCAAUCAUCGGAGUGCUUUUACACCAGGCUCUUCGUAGUAGUCAAAUCAUCAGGGGGAUGGAGACUCGUUUUAGACAUCAGAGCUCUUAAUAUUUAUGUAGUCAAGAUCAAGUUCAACAUGGAAAAAAAUUGCUCAGUAUUAGAGUCUCUCCAUCAGGGCAACUGGAUGGUGUCCCUGGGUACGUAGGAUGCAUACUUCCACAUCCCAAUCCAUCCAGACUCUUGGAAGUGCCAGCGAUUUGUUUUUCGAAAUAAGAUCUUCCAGUUUCGGGAGUUGUUUUGUCUCUCGAUGGCCCCUCUGGUCUUCACUUGGAUUUUAGCACCUCUGGGGAAAUGGUUACACCUUAAGAAUCGAUGCGUCCCUCUACCAGGAAGACUGGCUUCUCUGCUCUUCUUCGGAGAGGACCCUUUCCUUUAUGCAGGAAUUGGGCCUUCUGAUUAAUUACCAGAAGUGUCAAAUGAUUCCUUCUCAGAGUAUUCUCCAUUUGGGAUUAACUCUGAAUGCUCCAGCAUUUUGGGGGUUUCUCUCCCCAAAGGUGACAGAGUCAUGCAUCCUGAUAGUUCAGGAAUUCCUUGCCCAAUCGUUCUGCUCAGGGAUUCAAUGGUUGAGUCUUUUAGGCACUCUGGCCUCUGUGAAAUAAUUUGUAAAGUUGGGCAAACUCCAAAUGAAGACCCCUCAAUUCUUCCUGAAAGUAAACUGGUGCAGGAAGAUACAACCAGACUUGACAGCAUUCCUGAUUAUGUCGGAGAUCGAAGAUAUCAGUCGGUGGCAUUCAAGAGAAGAUUACAGGAAGGACUAUCUCUCCACCCCCUGCACCCCAACUUAGAGUUAUAUUCUGACACCUCAGACAUAGGUUGGGGAGCCUUGUUGGGGAGUUAGACAGAAUAGAAAUCCCACCACAUCAAUGUAAGGGGACUUUUAGCCAUUCACCUGGGCCUUCAUUCAUUCUCUUACCUGGUAUCAGGACAGGUGAUAGACAUUUACACAGACAACUCCACAGUGUUGUCUUACGUCUGGAAACAGGGAGCCACCCACUUCUUCACCCUAUACAAGACAGCGAAGGAUCUUCCCCUUUGUGUGGAGAGGAAUAAAGUGUCUCCCAUUCCUUGAUUUGUGCAAGGGAAACUAAACGUACUGGCGGAUUAAUUGAGCUGUGGCCAUCAAGUUCUCCCUUCAGGGUGGACUCUCAAUGCCAGAGUAUGCCCCGACCUUUGGUGGCUAUGGGGCAAAGAACCACUGUCUUCCUCUGCUCUGCUUCCCAGUCCCAGACCUUCUUGUGUGCUGAAGGACUGGUUGGGGCUGUUUGCUUACACCUUUCCCUACUUCCGCAUGAUCAGAGAUGUGAUCAACAAGGUCAACUCUCAUCAAAAUGUUUCCCUGACACUGAUUGCUCCAUUCUGGCCAAGGAAGGAAUCGUUUCUGGACCUUCUGUGUCUUCUAGUAGACUAUCUGAAACUGAUUCCACAAAAGAAGUCUCUUCUCAAACAACCUCACUUCCUCAGGUACCAUCAAGGAUUGUCCGCUCUGGCCCUGACAGGCUUCAGACUGUCAGCAGCCUCGUUAUAGCUUUUUGCAACAAGCUCUGGAAGCUAGCACAAUUUGCAGUAGAGCUCCUUUAUCAAGCUCUACUACUGUAAACAGUUUAACUUCUCUUCUUCUGAAACCUCUGUGAGUAAGAUGGCAGAAUUUUUCCUUUACUGAGGAACAUCAGGAAGCUGUCACCCUCUACUAUUAACUUCUAUAGAGCUAUGUUAAGCUCUGUUUUUAAACAUGAGGUUUAGACCUAUCUACCAAUAGUAAUCUUUCAGAUCUUAUUAAGUCUUUUGAGACCUACAAAUGGGGAACUAGCAUAUUAUCUGGAAUUUGGAUGUAGUUUUAAAGUGGCUGUCUAGUUAUGCAUUUGAACCUCUACAAUCGACCUCAUUGAAGAACCUUACCAAGAAGACACAAUUCUUGGUAGCAUUGGCUUCAGUUAAAUAUGUCAGUAAACUCCAGUCUAUAGUCAAGAGAGUAGGCUUUGCUCAAGGAGACGCUGUCUGUGCCUUGUCGCUGGGCUCGCCAAGAAUGAGAUCGGUUCUAAUCCUUGUCUUCAUUCCUUUGUCCUCAAGAAUCUCAUAGAUAUUCUUUGGCUGGAAGAGGAGGAGAGAUUUUUCUGCCCUGGAAGGGCACUGAAAUACUAUCUUCAGUGAGGAACCCAUCUCAUCCACUCUCGAAAAAUGCCUCCUCUCUUUUCCUGAGGAGUAUGGUUAUAGAGGCCCAUUCACAAGCUAAAGACAAGUACUUUCCACCCCUUGUGGACAGGUAACAUACUUAUAUGUUUACCUAUAGCUUUGAGGCAAAGUCUGGGUAGCAUACAUAUAUGUUCAAGAUUUGGAGCCCCACAGCUUGAACAAAUUUCGCGGGAAAAAUGUUCAUAGUUCCAUUUAUCACCAUUGGCAACUCUUGAGAUCACUAUAAGAGUCGGAGGGAGCUGAGAGACCUUCAGUCUUGCUUGAGGCGGUAAGGGGGAAUAUUGCCAAAACUCCCCCAUUAAAGGAUGUGCUGUAAAUAUUUUACAAUAAAUAUGCUAAGAAUUUGUUCCCAGUUUUAUUUCUUAUCUUUUAUGAUAUUGUCUGAGCUGUAAUUUUAAUUUGAAAAAUUGAAAUGAAAAAGUUAUUAGAAAGAACACUUUAUAACUUUGUAAAAUUAGCAUAUUUUUAUGACUGUCUUAGGGAAAAGAGGCCCGCAAGGAAUGGGAAAUAUUCACUUUCAAUUUUUUCUUAUACCAUUUGACUAUACAUAUUGUAACGUGCAUACAAGAGAUGCACGUUGAGCCCUCAGUCAUAAUAAAUCUAAGUAAAAUAAGUACAAUAUUCUUCUCACUUCUAGUCAAAGUGAGACCACACAAGAUGGCGUACAGAAGCCGCAUCUGCCCACUCCUAUCCAUAUUAACAAUUCAGAUUUGCCUACUUUGCUCCUCCCACCCAAAACUUCUGCCUCUCGUACUGCUAAAUUACCUCCGUUGUCCUAUUUUUCCACACCUGGUGUUGUCCUGCAAAUUUCUUUUCAGACCAACCCAAAAAGAAGCCGGCGCCAAGAUGUGAAAACAAGAGACAAAAGAGAGAGAGGGACAGAGCAGAAAAGUUUCUCCAAUUGUCAUUCACUUAGCAGAUGUAGUUCUGAACAGACGGGUCACAGAGACCUCCUUGUCACUAUCUGGGGGUCAAGACGUUCUCCCCCCCUGAGCUCCUUUCCCCUGUGCAGGCGCUCUGCUCAAAACACGAUUUGUCACAAACCAGAGUCUUCCAAACAGGAACAUUUCAAGGGAUCCUAACAAGGAUUGAGUAUUGAAAAUGGAGCAUCCUGUGGAAAUGCCAUUAAUCAAAGAAGAGAUGGAGAAUUUGGAGGAGGAUCUUCCUGAAAACACACUUGAAGGCUCUUUAUUUGUGGAUCCCUUCUUAGAAGUCAAGGCAGAACCAGAAUUUUUUGACCAUAGUGAAUUUAAUGUGAACUGUUCAUCCCAGUCUAUUGAGUACGAGGACAACUCUCCAAGCUGUGAUGAUGAAAGCAGAAGGAAGAUCUGUAUUGCUGAAGAAAAUAGAUGUUUGGAUAGAACUGAAAUAUUUUCAAAGAGAAGCAACACAGGUGGGAAGCAAAUAACAUGUGCUGAAUGCCAAAAGACAUUUUCACAGAUGUGCAAACUGAAAUCCCACAUGAGAACUCAUACGGGAGAGAAACCUUAUAGUUGCACUAUAUGUCAAAGAAGUUUUUUUGAUGCAAGUGCUCUCACAAGACACACAAGAAUUCAUACAGGAGAGAAACCUUAUACUUGCUCUGUAUGUCAAAGAAGUUUUUCUCAAUCAAGUGAUCUCAAAACACACAUGAGAACUCAUACAGGAGAGAAACCAUAUACUUGCUCUGUAUGUCAAAGAAGUUUUUCUAAAUCAAGUCAUUUCAAAACUCACAUGAGAAUUCAUACAGACGAGAAACCAUAUACUUGCUCUGUAUGUCAAAGAAGCCUUUCUAAUCGAAGUCAUCUCAAAACACACAUGAGAACUCAUACCGGAGAAAAACCAUUCACUUGCUCUAUAUGUCAAAACAGUUUUUCUGAUUCAAGUCAUCUCACAAAACACAUGAGAACUCAUACAGGAGAGAAACCAUAUACUUGCUCUAUAUGUCAAAGAAGUUUUUCUGAUUCAAGUCAUCUCACAAAACACAUGAGAACUCAUACGGGUGAGAAACCAUAUACUUGCUCUAUAUGUCAAAGAAGUUUUUCUGAAUCAAGUCAUCUCACAAAACACAUGAGAACUCAUACGGGAGAGAAGCCAUAUACUUGUUCUACAUGUCAAAGAAGUUUUUCUCAGCAAAAUGCUCUCAAAACACACAUGAGAACUCAUACAGGAGAGAAACCAUAUACUUGCUCUAUAUGUCAAAGAAGUUUUUCUUGUCAUAGUAAUCUCACAAAUCACAUGAGAACUCAUACGGGAGAGAAACCAUAUACUUGCUCUACAUGUCAAAGAAGUUUUUCUCAGCAAAAUGCUCUCAAAACACACAUGAGAACUCAUACAGGAGAGAAACCAUAUACUUGCUCUAUAUGUCAAAGAAGUUUUUCUCGUCAAGGUUAUCUCAAAAUACACAUAAGAACUCAUACAGGAUAGAAAACUUGCUCUGUAUGUAGAAGACAUUUUUCUGCUUCAAGUCAUCUAAAAACCACACGAGAAUUCACACUACUAGACAGAAACUGUAUAUUUGAUCUUUGUCUAAGUAGUUUUCUAUUUUUGAAACUCACAACAUACACAUUGGAAAUCAAUGUGGAGAGAAGACAUUCUCCAAUCCUAAUGUCAUAAAUGUUAGACAUUUUCAAAUACUAAUAGAUACUCAUGAAAAUUCAUGAUAUUUCGAGGUCAGUGAAAUGUGCCGAAUGCCAAAAAGUUUUUGAAAUUCCGCUGCUCUUUAAAACAUUAUGAGAACCCAUAGGGGAAAUAAAAAGAUUGAUAUUUUCGUAAAACAUCAAUGAAAAUUAGGUGCAGUUUUAUUUGAUUACAUUUUUAUAUGUUCUUGGUUUUAAUAUUCUACAAAGAAUGUGAUACAGCAUUAGUAAAUCGUAGUGCUUUGUUUUAGCCAAUUAGACUUAGUUGACUGACUAUAUUACUGUAGUAGUCUGUUGUAAUCCAACCAGUCAGAAGUGUUGAGUCAGGACUUGCUUUGUAAAUGACGAAAGUACUGUUACUGUAUUCUAUGUAAUGUAUUUCGUUACCAGUUCUUUCUAAAGAUCCACCUUAAAACUAUCUACUCCUAUAUAGUGGAGGAGCUAUAACCUAUUGAACAGUAAAACAAACUCAAAACCGAACUAUGUGUAUAACCAUAAAUAACAAAUAUAUUAAUAUAAAAAUGGGUACCACCAUAAUUACAUAAUCACCUGAAAAUUAAAGGAUCACACACCUUACAAGCAAUAAACACAACCCCUUAGCUAACAAAUGCAUCGACAGGGAAGGUGUGAAUACACAAACAUACUAUGAUGAAAAAUUAUCUCAAAUGAACGACAGGAAAGAAUACUGAGAGAAAGAAUCCUUAAACCUGGCUAAAUACAAUAAUUCCUUACACACAACAACAAACCAAAAAUACACACUUUUGUCAUCAUAAUUAAAUGAUGCAGACUGUCGAUCCAAUAAUUUAGUAUGUUGACACUUCAGACCAGCUAUGAAGUAAUCCUAUAACCCUACAGGUCAUACACAUGUAUGGUCAAUCAUUCCUGGGCUGACGGAUGCCAGCAAACAUCCACCAACAAAUAUUUAUCAUGAGGAUAAUAGAAAAAUAUUAAUGGUGGCUUACACUUCUUCGCUGCUGAAUUGUCGAUUGACGACCUGAAGAGUACAUUAGACCAGCGAGGGAAAGGCAGUGCAACACCAUGCAAACUAAUUAAAUCUUAUCUUACGACCACUGAGGAAAAGACACCUUAGUGGUACGACUCAGUGAAGAUCACAAAGUUUCUCUCCCCUCAAAUGGGAGUUAAUAAAGUUGCAGAUACUGCCAAUAAAUGCCUAAAAUGUCCAAGAACCCUUCUGCCACAUACAGAUUAAAAGUCCUUUGGAUGCCCUGACAUCGAAGAAAACUCACAUUGCCUACCGGUAACCAUUGGACACACCAACACCAGCUUGCAAAUAUGAAAACAGAAGAAAAUAAAUACAAACCAGGGAGAGUCCAAAAAUAGUUAAGAGCGAACCAUCUCUUAACAAGGUGAUUAAAUAAUAUAGUGUAACCCAAAUUGAACAAAAGUCAGAAGAAACUACAAAUUACAUCAAUAUCUGACAACAAAACCAAAAGCAAAGAAAAAUGAAUUGUGUUAACAUUCAACAAAAACACAAAACUGAAUUACAUUACUUGCCUUGUGAAUGACUCAAGUACUGCAAAACUGUAUUAUGAUGUAAGCUAAUCAGUCAGAAGUAUGAACCAGGACUUGCUUUGUAAAUGAAUAAAAUACUGUAUUCUGUUUUAAGCUAACCAGUCAUAAGUGAUGAGACAGGACUUGCUCUGUAAAUUACUAAAGAUUCAGGACUUUCUUUGUAAAUGAUUAAAGUACAGUAAUACAGUAUUCUGUUGUAAGCUAACAGGUCAGAAGUGUUGAGCUAGGACUUGACUUUGUUAAUGAAUAAAGUGCUGUUUUACUGUAUUUUGUUUUAAGUUAACCAGUCAGAAGUAUUGAGCCAGGACUUUCUUGUGAAAGGACUCAAGUACUUUAAGACUGUGUUCUGUUUUAAGUUAACCAGUUGGAAGUGUUAAGACAGGACUUUCUUUGUAAAUGACUGAAGUACUGUAAUAUUUGGUUUUAAGCAAGUCAGUUAGAAGUGAUGACCAGGGACUUGCAUUGUAAAUGACUAAAGUACUGUAUUACUGAAUUCUGUUUUAAGUUAAUGAGUCAGAGGCGACAAGCCAGGACUAACCUUGUAAAAAUGUCUAAAGCACUGUACAUAUGCCUUUAGUAUUCUGUUUUAAGCCAGCCAGUCAGAAGUGUUGCUCUAGGAUGAUAUUUAUUUUCAAAUAUCACUGCAAAUUUAGUCUCUCCUCUUUGCUCUGUUUGAGUGACCUCAGUAGUCUCACCAGCCAUUCAGCCCACUUUUGAACAUUUUCAUCAUCUAGUGAUAUCGACAUAGAUAACUACAACGACACUGACUGUAGUAAUAUUGGUUCUAAAGUUAGUGUGCAUAUAACAGUUAACACAUAUACACCCAUUCAA